AGGUAGCAUCGCGAAUGUGGAUCACUCCGCUCUUGAAACGACGCCAACGCAGUGCGGGCAACGAUCCCGCACGCACCGCUAGAAGUCUGAAAAGUCCCUACCCGCACUUUUUAAGCUUUGAAGGGCACCGACUCAACGGAAGAGCGCCUUUCGGCCCACUCGGCUAUUUUCUAGUACUGAUGAAUUUGAUCAUGAUCGGCGGAGUGUCCGCAACACUGAAGAUAGGCGCCGCCGUCACGCUGGUGGCUCUGGGUUGGGCCGAACUGCUCCGGCGCGACACGUUGGCUUCUCGGCGAACCAGGGGGACUACGCUCCUGGAUGUCGCGCACCUGGUACUCACUCUAGCAUCAGCCAUCGCCUACACUCUCAAAACAUCUGUCUACUGUGAUGAAGAACAUUACGUUUGCAUCGAUGCUAUCAUAGACCUCGUCAUGUGCAUCACACUUAUUCUUCUGUUCUCGUUGUCGCUGUACCGAUUUCUGUGCGCUCAGUACACGUCUGGAUUUGUGUUUAUUAUCCUUGUCGUGAUUUGCCUAACGACUGCUACUGAAUUCCUGGCAAUGGAGCUGCGAGUGUUUCAGGAUCUUCACGUUGCUGCCGGAUUUUCAUCUAUCGCCACCACACUGCACAUCACUGCGGUCUUAUUGUGUGCAUCAACGGGAAAUAUGGUAAUCUACGCUUUGAGAGACACCGUGGUCAUUUGUCCGUCAUCGUCAAAGCUGAAGUCCAGCGUCGGCAAGGCCGGUGAGAACUUCAUCCAGACGUUGCAGGAGCUGAGAGAAGGUUGA